GUGGAUCGGUUCGUUCGGGUGAUUCGUUCGAAAAGAUUCAUUUGUUUAUCUCGCACCCGGCUGCUGUUUUAUAGCAGAGCGGUAAAGAAACAUGGAGGUGAUACACUUCAGUAAACAAUAAUGAGGCAACACGUGACGAAUGAAUGACUUUUUGUAAAGUAUCGGUGUCAGGAAAAAUAGCCUCGGUCACGUAGCGUCAACAUUUCUUGCGCGAUAUAUUAAUACACAACACGGUCGCGUGCGCGUACAGUUCUGCACAUGCGCGUUAAGCUUCACGCGUCAGGUUCUCUCAGUGGCUGUUAUUUUCGUAACAGCGGGAUUAUAGGGGGAAGGAGAUAAAUCGGGCGUUCGCAAAUAUCAACACGGACAAGAAAUAAACAGAAGUCAUGGGCAAGUCCAUUUUUUCUUUGCCAAAAUACAAAAGUGACAACGAAGAGAAACUGACAUCUAAUGGUCCUGACUCUCAAUCAGUAGAGAAGGAUAAGGAGGAGGAGGAUGACGUAUCGCAGUUCCCUUAUGUUGAGUUCACAGGCAGGGACAACAUCACCUGUCCCGCUUGUCAAGGAACAGGAAGAACACCACGAGAACAAGAAAAUCAGCUUGUUGCCUUGAUACCAUACAACGACCAGCGACUGAGGCCAAGACGAACUAAGCUGUACGUGAGCUUGUCAGUUGUGCUGUGUCUCCUGCUUUCUGGCCUGGCUGUGUUUUUCCUCUUCCCCCGCACCAUCGAUGUCACCUACGACGGUGUGAAAUCCACGCAUGUCAAGUUUGAUACAGAGCAACAAAUCAUCUAUCUCAACAUUACAAACACACUGAACAUUACUAAUAACAACUACUAUCCAAUACAAAUGGCAAACAUCACAGCGCAGGUGCAGUUCUAUAAAACAGUCAUCGGAAAGACUUGUGUGAGCGAUUUGACCAGCGUAAUGCCCCUAGACAUGCAUCAGGUCGAUUUCUCUGUUUCCACAGUCAUAACCAAUGAGAUGAGCUACAUCUAUGACUUUUGCACCAUGCAGGCCAUAAAAGUGCACAACAUUGUAGUCAUCAUGCAGAUGACCAUCACCACUAUUGUCUUUGGCCACGCUGAGCAGGUCUAUCAGGAGAGUUACCUGUACGUGGACUGCGGCUCAAACACCACCAGUCACAACGGACGCGUGACCGUGAUACAGUGACACUUUACACCUUGAAACUAAGCUGCAGCGUGCACUGUGUCCACACUGGUGGAUAUCAGAGAGUCUCACUGAUAAGUUCGAAGUGCUGUACAGGGUCAUUUCAGAAAGAUGGCAAAGCUUCAGCGAGAAUGUUCUCCGAGUCAUUCGUCGAUGAUUUUUGUAGAUAGAUGUACUUUAGAAGAAGUUUCUUUGACACAUGACUGCAGUGCUUUGCAGGUCCACUGGGGGUCUUACAUCUUUGAAUACCUCAGUUUGUCCAGGAAGAGCUUGUCAUGUAAAAAGAACCACAAAUUAGUGUCACUCACUGUUUCUUGACUGCAAUCACAUAAAGUUAGUUUCUGUAGGUUAUAUGAACCACUAACCUUUUUUUCCCGUUCACGGUUUAUAAUUUUUACAGAGCAGUAAGAAUGGAGGGGAAUUAUUUGCUUCAUAGAUGUCCAUGUCUAGACAGUGAAUUUUUUUGAAUCUAAGCUGCCUUUUUUUUUUAAUCUAUGUUUUACAAGUAUUUAUUGGAUGGAAAAAUAGGAAAUAAAAAAAAAAAAUCUGUGUCAUCUGUGCUAUGGGGGCAGGGGCUAUUCGAUACAACAACCAGAUGUAAAAUGAUAUAAAAAAUUUUGAGCUAAAUAUUUUUACUGGAAAUGUGCAACAUGCCGAAUUAUGUGAAGGUGAGAUAUUUUGAUUUUAAUUUUAUGAUCAGUAAGGCUAAUAUAUAUAAAUUCCCCCCCCCCACACACACACACACACUGUAAAAGAAAUCAAAGAAAAAAAAACACUGUACAGCUUGACAUAUCAGACUAAAAUAUUCUUAUUUCAACCAACAGUUUUUUGAGUUGUCUUUUUUUUCUGUUUUAAUUGAUGUAAAAUUAAAAGAAUGCCUUACUGAAGAUUUUUUGUAA